CCGUGGAAAGCUCGCACUGAGUGAGGCAGGAACGAAGUAGCGGUCGGGCGCGGGCGGCGCGGGCGUAUGAAAGCUCCGGCCCGUACUAGCGGUGCCGUUAGCGCAGGCUCGGGCGGGCGGCGCGGCGAGGCGGCGGCGGGCGGGCCGUGGGAGGUACCGUUAAUGACGUCGCAUCCGUGACGUCGCCGUCGUGACGUCAGACGGCGCGAUAUAGCCACCAGCCUCGGCGGCGGCGGCCUCAGUAACGCACCGUCCGUUCGCCAGCGCGUACCUCCGCGCGCCCUCUCGCGAUCUGCCCCUCCGCAACGACUGACUGAGUGAGUGAGUGCGCGUGCAGUGAGUGGAAUGUGCUCGGCCGCAUGAGGAUCCUGCUGAGCGAGCUGGGACUGUCCGGCGCGUGCCUCGGUCUGACCCUGGAGCCGCGCGCCUCCUCGCUGGACCCCGCGAAGCCUGCGCCAGGUCAGCGCCCGCACGACGAUCCGACAUCCACUUCUGUGUUUAUUUUCGCUUUCGUUGUGUAGAACCUCUGGGUUUAGUAGACUGUGUGGAACUGUCGUGAUGAUGGCCCUCGGCUAGCAUGCGAGGUGUGUUGCUGACGCCCUCCAGCCAACACUGCGGCUUUAGACAAUUCCAAAACACACGGCCGAGCGCCAUAGAGUCGCGCUCGCCAAGCGCCUUCACACCCAACUCCUCCAGCAUGCUACUGCUGCAGACACACAGCAACUACGGUUCGUCCUUCACUGAUCUACUUUCGCCGCAAUAUCAAGAAGACUCGACGGAAAUCUUAGAAGAAAAUUUAGACCCGUUCCCGGACGUCGAAUUUCACGCACCGGUUCCUCCUGAAGCGAAAUCUCAACGAGCUACUCCUAUCAGCGAAGCAUCGUCGCCAACCCUUGGCCCGGCUUUGCCUAGUUUUGAAGAAACGUACUCGGUUCGCUACCCCAAACAAGAAAUGGCAGAGUUUGGUUUAAAGAUGGAGGAAGACUGCUACAACGUGAGCGCAUAUCAAGGUCAUACGUCCACCCAACUACUCUACCAGUACCAUCAACCUUCAAUCCCUUAUGUACCAUCAACUUAUUAUGCACCGGCGCAGCCGUGCAGCCCGACAUUCGAUACGGGUGGUGUUACACCAAAUCAAGACUCGUAUUCUCUCCCUCCUUUUCCGAGUACGGUAGAUCUGCACAUAUCUACUGACCAGAGUGCAAGGCAAAGACGUGCCUCGCUACCGGUACAACGAUCAGAGUCCACCAGCUCCAAUGACAGCCCUAAGAUUCCCGGCGCCAGAGUACACUGCAUGCAAGCUUCGGCUCCGAGCUCCGCAUCCAGCUCGCCCGGUGUUGCUCCCCCGGAAGGCGCCGGCCCUCGCGUAGCGCCGUCAUCGCCGAGCCAGCUUUGCGCUGUAUGUGGAGAUACCGCAGCUUGUCAGCAUUACGGAGUACGAACAUGCGAAGGAUGCAAAGGCUUCUUCAAGAGAACUGUACAAAAAGGUUCAAAAUACGUAUGUUUAGCCGAAAAAUCCUGCCCUGUUGACAAAAGAAGACGAAACAGAUGCCAAUUUUGUAGAUUCCAGAAAUGCCUCGCUGUAGGCAUGGUCAAAGAGGUUGUUAGAACUGAUUCCUUAAAAGGUAGACGUGGACGUCUUCCUUCGAAACCGAAAUGUCCGCAGGAAUCUCCUCCGAGUCCCCCGAUAUCAUUGAUAACAGCUCUAGUGCGAGCCCACGUCGACACAUCUCCGGAUUUCACUAAUCUUGAUUAUUCUCAGUAUCGAGAACCGAACCCUAUGGAGCCACCAAUGUCGGAUUUAGAAGUGAUCCAGCAGUUUUAUACUCUUUUGACAACAUCGAUCGAUAUGAUCAAGGUGUUCGCCGAUAAAGUACCUGGUUAUGGAGAUUUGUGCCCUGAGGACCGCGAACAACUGUUUGCGUCGGCUCGUCUCGAGUUAUUUGUGCUACGACUUGCAUACCGCACGCGACCAGAAGAUACAAAGUUAACCUUCUGCAAUGGAUUCGUGCUUGACAAGCGACAGUGCCAGCGCUCCUUUGGAGACUGGCUGCACGCCGUACUGGAUUUCAGUAACACUCUUCAUUCAAUGGAUAUCGACAUAUCUACAUUUGCGUGUCUCUGCGCAUUAACAUUGAUCACAGAUCGACAUGGUCUCAAAGAGCCUCACCGUGUUGAGCAGCUGCAAAUGAAGAUAAUAGGAUGUCUGCGCGCCCACAUGCCGGGCGGGGGAGGCGUCGGCGGCGGCGGCGGCGCGCCGCACUUCAGCCGCGUGCUGGGCGCGCUGCCCGAGCUGCGCUCGCUGUCCGUGCAGGGCCUGCAGCGCAUCUUCUAUCUCAAGCUGGAAGACCUGGUGCCGGCGCCCCCCCUCAUCGAGAACAUGUUCCGCUCCAGCCUGCCCUUCUAAACGCCCCGCGCCCCACCCCCGAGGACCACUCCCGCCUUCUAAACUCAUUCUCUUUCUGUCUUAGAGCCGAAUCCGUUAUUUUUUUAAGUGUUUAGAUUAUAAAAAAAUAUUUUUCUAGAGAAUAGAUGGACGUUAGUUAGGACGCGAUCUCCACGGAAUCGGUUCGUGCUACUCGUAUGGAUUUAAUGUUAAGUACCUUAAUGGAGACAAUCUUACCAUGUAAGUUCUAAGUUAAGAUUAAUUUAUUGAAAACUUUUAGGAAUUUGUCUUUUGGGUGUGAUUUCGUUUAAUCAUAAUAAUGUUGUGUAUUUAGUAGUCUGCAUUUGAGUUACCGCUCGUGAUCGAUGGCAUCUUGUCGUACAAAUAUUCCUAUGUUAUUUACUUAUGUAUUACUUAGAUAGGAAAAAUCUAGUCACAAGACUUAGAAAUGUUAUAAAAAUAAGCCCGUUAAUAUCGGGUUUUUUAUAAUUAGUAUAAGUAAAGUUACUUUAAGAACGAUAAGGCAUUUAAUGUCCUUUUGUACGAAUGAGAGAGGCUGGCGACGCGCGGCGAGCUGGCGCGCGCUGGCGAGCGCUGCUUGCGAAGCCGCGGCCGCCACGCGUCCGCCGCCACUGAAUGAUGAUGAUCCUGUAAGCGUCACAACGACCGAUUGUUGGAAGUUACCUUUUAGUUUUAAAUUAUUUUGUAAUAUUUUUAGACGCUAGGACACUAAUGUAAUUUGUUAUCAUAAUUAUACCUAAGGCUUGAGAAAAAGUUCAGCAUAAUCGAUGUCCCCAAUAUAAAUCCUUAUAAUACAACGUGUCUUAACGAGUACCUUUAUAGGUAAUUAGUGUAGAUUUUUCCUAUGUGAACCUUUUAUAUGCUUACUAUAAUACAUAUUAUAUAUGUAUUGAGUAAUUAUUUAAACAUAUCACGGUGUUAUUUAAAAAUGUGAUUGCACUUGUAUUGAUAUUCUUUAUCACAUAGGCAGUCACAGGUAACAAGUUUAUAAACAAUUAAAUUGCUAUAUAGUACCUAAACAUGUGUUUUGCUCGUAGGAAAAUUUAUAUAUUGAAAUUACUGCUGAUAUAAUCAGGUUAGAUGUCUAUAUUUUUAUCUAAUGAAUUUUGCGCAAGACGAGGACUUAGUAAUAUUUUUCACUGGACCAAAUAGGUGAUACUUAUCUAAGUCCCUGUGUGGUAAAUCUGCAAUGAAUUUAAAGUAAAUGUCUGUUCUACGACCAACGGUGGGUUCACUUGUGACUACCCACGGAUACAGAAACAAUUUAGCUGAGAGUUGCCUUGUAUCUUCUAAAAGACUAGAUACCUGCAUUCCAGGUAUAAAACUAUUCGAAAGUUAUGUACGUACCUAGUGCUACGCUAGGUACUCUGUCCAACCUUUAAUAAAAUGAACUACUUUUAAAUAUAGGUAGGUACAUAGAUAGGAAAAAGAAUUUAAUAUUCAUAUCUGACGAAGCUUUGGAGUGGACGCAAGUUCUUAGAUGUAUUCGAUGAAUAAAUGUUUCAUAUUUAACAUUUAUUCAUUAUUAUAAUUAGAAUGACUGUUAAAGUUGAUGUUGUCCUUUUAAAAUGGAGUUCGUGAUAUUCGUCGUCUAUUACAUCGUAGUGUAUAAGAAAUUCAAGACACAUAAAAAUUGAUAAUUUUAUACAAGAAUUGGUAAUAACCUAAAUUAUUAAUAAAUGCUGGACUUUUUACUCAAACGCCACAGCUCCUUUAUAAUUAUUAAUUUUAUAGAUUUAUAAGCGUAAUCAAGGAAAUUAUGUGUUAUUUACUUAAUUCUUGAGAAAUGUCUUAACCGUACCUAUUUAUAACUGCGGUUGUGCAUAAAAUAGGUAUCAAUUGUUACCCUGUCAUCACCGAAAUAAUAUUGACCAAGAACAAAGCAAGAUAAAGCUCCAAAUGAUUAUUACAUUCCUACAUUACAAGCCUGAAUACCUAUUAGAUGUAUAGACAUGCAUACAAUAUAUGUACCUAAUCAUUUUCCUGUAUUGAUCGCCGUUUCACAGAAAAUCAUAUCAGGACAGAGAGUGCAUGCAUCCUAUAAAUAAGUCAUUCUAUGUUAAUAUCCCCUUCGGUUCCUUAUAUUGUAAUGUAUUACCUAAUUCCCCUACUUUGUAAAGCUUUAUUCGAGCUUUUUUAGAGCAAACAAUAAAGCAGGCAAUGAACGUUAUCAAUUUCUCCCUCCAUACGUGUGUGUACCUGUACCUUAAGCCUAAAUGACAUGUUUAGUACUUAAUAUAUAUUUUCUUCUAUAAGGUUUGUAAUGAACUGCAUUUCUUAAAAAU